AUGCCUCCAAAGACCACAAGCACGCCUCCAAAGACCACAAACACCCCUUCAAAGACCACAAACAUGCCUCCAAGCGCCACAAACACGCCUCCAAGCGCCUCAACCACAUCUCCAAAGACUACAUUUUUAGUUACUGGAGGCAAUAGAGGUAUCGGCAAGGGUUUCGUUGAACAUUAUCUCUCCAAGCCCAACUACACCGUUAUUGCUGGCGUUCGGAAUCCGAACGAUGCAACGUCCAAGGCUCUCUUCGGCCUUCCUAAGGGUCCCGGAAGUUCCAUCAUAGUAGUGAAGAUAGAUAGCGCCUCCGAGACGGAUGCUGCGUCCGCCAUAAAGAAGUUGCAGUCCGCCCACGGCAUCACAGCGCUAAACGUUGUCGUUGCCUCCGCCGGCAUCUCCAAGGUAUUUCCACCGGUGAGCGAGGCCAAGAUCCCUGAUGUCCUGGAACAUUUCAGCGUCAAUGUGCUGGGCAUCAUCCACUUGUUUCAGGCCGUUCUGCCGCUCCUCAACAAUGCAAAAGCUCCCAAAUUUAUCACCAUGAGCACUUCGGCGGCUAGCCUGGGUGACAUGGAGAAGCGGAACUUCCCAAACACCCCCUAUGGCACCUCAAAAGCAGCGCUCAACUACAUCACCCGCAAGAUCCACUUUGAGAACCCAAAGUUGACUGCCUUUCCGCUUGAUCCUGGCUGGGUUCAAACAGACAUGGGAAAUGACGGUGCUAAAGCUCUAGGCUUUGAAAAAGCCGAGAUCCCCUUGGGAGUUAGUAUUGAUGGCAUGACAAAAGUGAUUGCUGCAGCCACGAGGGAAAAGACCUCGGGCAAGUUCAUGUUCUACAACGGGACCGUCGAGGCUUGGUAA